AUGGUUCUAUUUUCAUUGAAUUCCUUAAGUCGAAUCAUGUUUAAAACAGAGUCCAACCUUACUCUUUAUCGGAGGAUGCGGUUAUCACUGGUAUUUGGUGUGUGUAUUGUGGCAGGCUUAGUUGGGUUACUUACAGCACAAUGCGACCGUAACGAUGAUAUUGAUGGAUGUAGUAUACCCUUCGGUUUACAUACGCCUUUUAAACUGAGAUUUACACCAUCCUGUUACAAGCAUGAUGUUUGUUAUUUUUGUGGGGCUGCUCUUGGUAUAUCAAAAACUACAUGUGAUGAUAAAUUUUAUAACGAAAUGAAUCAAGAGUGUAAAAAUGUUAGCAGAAAGGACGUUGAUAGACAAAAUCUGGGAAGUUUGUUCUGCAAAGUAUUUUCUGGUAGUUAUUAUGGAAUGAAAUUUUUCGACUCCUCAACUAGGAUGCGGUUAUCACUGGUAUUUGGUGUGUGUAUUGCGGCAGGCCUGGUUGGGUUAGUAACAGCACAAUGCAACCGUAACGGCGAUAUCAAUGGAUGUAGUAUACCCUUCGGUUUACCUUUGCCUUUUAAACAGAAAUUUACACCAUCCUGUUACAAACACGAUGUUUGUUAUUUUUGUGGGGCGGCAAGGGCUAUUUCAAGAUCUAGAUGUGAUGCUAAAUUUCUUACAGAUAUGGAAAACGCGUGUCGAGGAAUAGGAAACAGUCAGGAUAGAGAGAAGUGUUCAAAAUGGGCUAAUAGAUAUAAAGGAGCUGUAAGAUUAGGGGGUUUCUUAUAUUAUAAAAAAAAGCCUAAAAAUUGGUGCAGUGAAAGCUGGGUUAGUGGAUGUCUUCCUUAA